AUGUCCACGGAUACUCACACGCUGCUAGAGGCGUCGGCCGACAGAGAGAGAGCAGACCAUGCGCACGCGGAAGGAGCAGCAGUCGGGGACGAUUAUGCCCAGCCCUGCGCCGUCCUUGUGGAUUCCGACACAGACGACGAUAUUCCAGACCAAAUGAUUCGCGCCAACGAGAACAUGUCGGAGAGUGCACUCGACUUCGACGAUGAUACUCAACAGACGGAGUCCAUUAACAGUUCCUUUUUCACAUCCAUAAAGACAGUCAACACAGCUGAAGUGCCACUGGCAAGUGUGCCCCCAACCAUGCAGAACGCCAACCUGGUGCCGCUUCAGAGGCAGGCUCUCUACUGGAUGCAACGGCAGGAGCGAAAUGACGAUGGCAGGAACGGGGCACUGCACCCACCUGAGGCUUCCCCAGGCGACAAGCUCAGUAUGAAGAAGGUUAGGGGGAAGAAGGCUCGCGGUGGUAUUUUUGCAGACACGCGCAACUUGGGCAAGACACGCGUUGUCAUUGCUCUCUGCGAGAAUGGGCGGGAGGAGCCUCACGCCGAUGUCGCAGGUGGCCUUGUGGGGUCCCCUGCAACGCUCAUCCUCUGCCCAAGCCCUCUACUUGCACACUGGCAAGAGGAGAUCGAGGCCUGUGUGAGCCCUGCGCCGCGUGUCUUGCUGUACCACGGCAGUGACAGAAGGAACCUCUCGACACUGUGUAUUGCAACAGAGUACGACUACGUGCUGACAUCAUACCAGACCCUGCAACACGAGCCGCUGUUUGACGAUAAUCUGACCAGUAAGUUGCAUUUGAUUCACUGGAAGCGUAUCGUACUUGAUGAGGCUCAUUGCAUUCGUGGGUUUCUCUCGCAGCAGACAUCUGCAUGCUUGAAGCUGUCAGCGGAGCGCUUCUGGGCCGUAACACCCACCCCGGUGGUAAAAGGCAUUGACGACCUGUUUCCACUUCUUCGCUUCUUGCGUGUGCCGUACUUUGGGUCGAGGGCAUGGUGGUUGUGCCACAUCACGGACUCUUUGCUUCAAGCGAAUGUAUCAGAGACUACAAAAGAGCUGCUGAGGUAUGUCUUUUCCACAUACAUUCUAUGGCGAGCCCCUAAUUCUUUGAAGCCCAAUCAAAAUGUGAUGGAUAUCCAGGUCGUGAAAACCGAGACUGUCAUGGUGGAACUACACGACGCGGAGCUCGAGUGCUACACGGCGAUUUGCGAAGAUGUGGAGCGAGAUGUGGGCGGCAUUCAGAGUGAAUAUAAACGUCUCAAGGUGAUCCUUGAAACACUCAGAAAGUGUCGCCUGGGGAUUCUCCACCACCGCGCCGUGUUGGGAAUGUCUUCUGACCAGAGGAAUGCAGAGGUCCUUUCACCGCUGCUGCUGGAGGCGCGGAUGGAAGAGUUUCUUUCCGAUGUCCGGGAAUUAAUGCCAAAAGAUGUCAACUCCCUAUUUGCAGAGGAAGUAUUUGAUUCAAUCCGCGGACAAAAACUGGCGGAGGAGAGGUGCGUCAUCUGCUACUUUCCGUUACGAGCCCCAGUGGUGUUGCCUUGCCUGCACAUUUUCUGCAACAAGUGUGUUGAAAAACUGUUCUCCACACAUCGGGUCUGUGCCACAUGCAACAGCCGGGGUGUUCCCGGGGGCUACUCUGUCAUUCCACCAGAACUGCUGCAACCAUCUAAAGCCCACUUGCCCGAGGAAGUUGACAUUUCGGCGUGGGAGCCAAGCGCCAAAACGGUGGCCCUCUUGGAGCACCUCAAACCCAUCCCAGAUGAUAUGAAGGCGGUGGUGUUUUGCGCCUCGCUGAAGUACCUUGAACACGUGCAGUUAUACCUGCACCAGAACGGUGUUUCGGCUGGGGUAUUUUCCCACACACUGAAGACGGAAGAGAGGAAGGACGUUCUGAGACGCUUCCGUAUGGACAGCAGCGCAGAGCAAAGUAUUCGGGUGCUGCUCGUCACAUUCUCGGCGUGUGCGUUGGGCAUGGAUCUCUCCAUUGCGUCGCACUGCUUCAUGAUGGAGCCCCACUGGAACCCUGCCAUCGAGGACGACGCCAUCAGCUGUUUGCAACGCAUCGGCCAAGGAGGGGAGCUGCACGUGGUGAAGUUUCUGGGCGAAGGUACAAUGGAGGUGAAUGUGAAUGCACUGGCGGAGUCGAAGCGAAAAAGCUUCGCCUCAGCGGGGCGCAUCAGGCGCGCCGAACUACUCGAGAUUCUCCCAGGCGUUAUCAACCCGAACCAGGCGGGACAAACGUCAAGUGGCACCGGUGCCCCCAACGCAGCCCGGAGUAAUAUCCAUAAUUUGCUUGCUUCGGGUGGAACGCAGCAUGCUUCUUCUGAAGACACCAAUGAAGAUUAUGAUAGUGAUGAAACUGAUGUUUCGGAUAUCUAA